AUGCGUUUCUCCACCAUCUUCGUCGCCGCCGCCGCUGCCGGUGCUGCCAACGCCCAGGUUGACUCCCUCGUCUCCUCCGUUCUCGGCGAUGUCACCUCUGGCCUUGGUAACGACGUUACCUCUGUCUUGAACAGUCUCACGUCCGCUGCUGGGUCAGGCAUCGCUUCUGCCACCACCGGUGCUGGAUCUGCACUUUCAUCGAUUGAGUCGGCCGCUUCUUCCGCUGCCUCUGGUGCCGGUUCAGCCGUCUCUUCUGUCGCCAGCUCUGCCGCCAGCGAGGCCUCUAACAUCGCCUCGUCCGCCUCAGCAGCUCUCUCGAGCGCCACUAACGGUGCUGCCUCCUCUUCCAUCAAGUCCGAGGCCAGCUCCCGCCUUUCCAGCCUUUCGUCCGCUGCAUCCUCUGCUGCCACCUCUGCUCAUUCCUCCGGCAUGGCCGUCCCCACUGGUGCCCCCGCCAUGGGUGCCCUUGCUGGUGGUCUCCUUGCCAUGGCCGGUCUUUUGUAA